UCGGAAAAAACUUAGUGUGUGGAGAGGAGAGACGCAAGCAUGGCGUGGUUACUGAAGACGAUUAUUCUGUUCGCGAUACUGAGCUUCUGUGCUGGCACGUCGCCACCGAAGAAAAAGCCGAAGUGCAAACCACCUAGAUGUAACAAAAACGAGCAUUACGUGGUGGAUUCCGUCGCUUGUGAGAAGACGUGUGCGAACCGUAAGCACUAUGACACCAUGGGUGCGUGCAGGCCUUUCUCGAAAUGUGUCUGCUCGGGUGACCUUAUGCGGCUAAAUGACGAUGCAACUGGACCUUGCGUUACUGAGGAUCAAUGUCCACCUUCAUGUUGUAACGAAAACGAGCAUUAUGUUGUGGACUCCUAUGCAUGCGAGAAGACAUGUGCCAACCGUAAAAUCUAUCAUUUGAUGGGUCCAUGCAUGCCUGCAUCGAGAUGCAUGUGCAACGGUGACCUUAUGCGGCUAAAUAAUGUUGCAACUGGACCUUGCGUUACUGAAGAUCAAUGUCCACCUACAUGUAACGAAAACGAGUAUUACGUGGAAGACUCUAACGCCUGCGACAAGACAUGUGCGAAUCGUAAGGUGUUUGAUAUAAUGGGCGCAUGCAAACCUUACUCGAGGUGCAUGUGCGCGGGUGACCUCAUGCGGCUAAAUGAUGAUGCAACUAGACCUUGUGUUACUGAAGAUCAAUGUCCGCCCAGUUUAGAAUGUGGUCUGAAUGAAGUAGCAUCAAAGGACAAGAUAGUAUGCCCGCCCCAGACCUGUGAGAGUAUUUAUGGUUCGUUCUACUGCCCCCCUCGUGAUCCUGAGCCAGGUUGCAAUUGUAUCGACGGUUAUCUUAGAAACCGCAGCAAUAUUUGUAUACCGAGCGAGCAGUGCCCUGAUUUGACACCAGUACUUCCAACCUGUGGCCUGAACGAAAUUGCUGUACAAGAAAAAUAUGAAUGUCCGCCUCAAACCUGCGACAGCAUCUUGUCAUUGUACAACUGCGAAAACCAACCACCCCCUAAGCCAGGCUGCAUCUGUAUUGAUGGAUAUUUGAGGAACUCCACUGGCGAUUGUAUACCCAGUGAUCAGUGCCCCAAUUUAGGAGGAGACGAUAGUUGUCCCGACGGGGACAGGAAUGCAACGCGUCAAGAGUGCGCGUCGUGGUGCCAACCAACAUGCUCAAGACCAGUGCUUGGAGAAAUCUGUCCUGCAGCGUGUUUGCCCCGCGGCUGUGUAUGCAAGGAGGGCUACAUACUGUCGGCUGACGGCAAAUGCAUAGCAGUGGAAGACUGCCCUCCAGGUUGCAAUGGAGACGCAAAUGCUACGGUAACAACAUGCACCACAGGCUGUCCGGCCACUUGCACGCCGAAUGACCGGGUGUGCCCAGCAGUAUGCGGACCGAUCGGCUGCGCUUGCCUUCCGGGAUACGUGCUAUCUGAUGAGGGCAAGUGUAUCCUAAAGGAGGACUGUCCAGGUUGCGAUGGGGACCCGAACGCGGAACUAUCCUUUUGUACCGGCUGUACCCCUACUUGCGAAGAGAGGGAAGUCGCGUGCACCGCUGUAUGCGGGCCUCCCGGGUGCCAGUGCAAGUCGGGAUAUGUAUUGUCUAAUGGCAAGUGUAUCCUGCCGGAGAAUUGCCCAGAUGUUGCAGGAUGUGGCGGAGACCCGAACGCGGAGUUAACUAUGUGUACGUCCGGCUGCCCUCCCACUUGUGGACAGAGUGACGUCGCAUGCCCAGACGUAUGCGGACCACCUGGUUGUCAGUGUAAAUACGGAUACGUGCUGUCAGACGGCAAAUGUAUCCUGCCGCAGAAUUGCCCAAUGGACGACAGCUGUCCCGAUGGUGAUAAGAAUGCAACUCGUCAGGACUGCCCGUCUUCAUGCCAACCAACAUGCCAGGAGCCUAUGCUUCCAGAUGGAUACUUGUGCAUAGACGCAUGUCUGCCUCGGGGAUGUGUGUGCAAGUCGGGCUAUAUUCUUUCGAGUAGCAACGGCCAGUGCAUAGCUCAGGAAGACUGUCCUCAAGGUCCAUGUGGGUUAAACGAAGUAUACUCCAGCCAGAAAAUAAAAUGCCCUCCUCAAACUUGCGAAAGUAUAUACACUUCAUACGAGUGUCAGCUCCAACUGCCAGAGCCUGGAUGCAACUGUAUCGACGGAUACCUCAGGGAUGGAAAUAAUAAUUGUGUGCCUAGCGAUCAAUGCCCGGGAUCCACACCAAUUUGCGGUGAAAAUGAAGUGUAUACUGAUAGAAAAUACACAUGUCCCCCGCAAUCCUGCGACAGCCAAUAUUUGAACUACCUUUGCGCCCAGGAAGAGCCAAGACCAGGAUGCGUUUGUAAAGACAAUUAUCUCCGAAAUGGAAGUGGAAAUGAUGCUGUUUGCAUACCUAUUAAGCAGUGUCCUCCAGGUCCCAUCCAGUUUACCGUCUUGUGCGGCGAGAAUGAAGUAAAAACAGAUAACAAGAGGUCAUGUCCGCCAGAGACUUGUGAAAGCAUCGGAAGACUGUACAAGUGUGCAGCUGAAGAGCCUACUCAAGGAUGCAAGUGCAUCGAUGGAUACUACAGAGAUACUAAUAAUAAGUGCAUCCCUAAAGACCAGUGUCCUAAAGACGGUGCAAUUCCUUCCUGUGACGAGGAAUCAUCAAGCUAUGAAAGAUCUGAAAGAUCUUCGUCGAGUUCCCAAAGCUCCUCGUAUUCAUCAUCAAAAUCAUCAACAAAAAUUGGACCUAAAGCCUGCAAAGGAGACAGGAACGCUACCUACACGACCUGCACAUCCAAGUGCCCGGCCCGAUGUGGACCGUCGUCGGGGCCUUCGAAAUGUCCAGCUGUAUGCGGCCCCCCCGGCUGCCAGUGCAAGAAGGGAUACAUACUAGCCGGGGACAAGUGCGUGCUGCCAAGGGAUUGUCCACCAACCCCAAGCUGUAACGGUGAUAGGAACGCUACUUACAAAGUGUGCCCAUCUAUGUGCCAGCCAACUUGCAAGCAACCAGUUUUGAAUGUAGCAUGCGUUGAAGGAUGUGCUCCUGAUGGAUGCGUCUGCAAGCCGGGCUAUGUGCUGUCCGAUGAAAAGAAAUGCAUUCUGCCGAAAGACUGUCCAGGUUGUAAAGGAGACAGGAACGCAACGCUCCAGGAAUGCCCCUCUUAUUGCCCCCUGACCUGCGAGAAACCAGUCGAAACUGCUCCGUGUCCAGCUGCCUGUGCUCCUGAGGGGUGCGUGUGCAAUAGCGGGUACUUGCUGUCUAAUGGGCAGUGUGUGCUGCCAAAGGAUUGUCCAGGAGGAUCGCCAACCUGUCCCACCAAUGAGCAAUACGUCAACUGCCACGUGGAGUGCCCCAACAGCUACUGUCCAGUGAACGACAACCGGGGCAUCCUCAUCUGCGAUCCUCCCUUCCCUUGCCCCGCCGGCUGCUCCUGCAAGGCUGGCUACAAGAGGAAGAGCUAUGAAGACAGGACGUGCAUUGAAUAUUCUUCUUGCCCUCCCGUCAACUGCACCAGACCUAAUGAAGUUUGGAAUCCUAAACCACCCAACUGCAUAGCCGAGAGGUGCGAAGACGCAACAAACCCUCAACCUUGCAACAGGCCAUACCCCAACUAUAUGCCACAAUGCGUCUGCAAGGAAGGAUACUACAGGAACGCAUCUGAUAUCUGCGUUAAACGCUCUGAGUGCCCUGUUCAGUGCUCGACUCCAGUAAAGUGUCGACCGACGUGCGCAGUGCCAAAUCCACGAAACUGCCCAUCUAGAUCGCCAGCCGCCGCCAACGUAGACGGUUGUGAAUGUCAAGAAGGUUACAUUCUAUCAGAAGUUGGAGGAAAGUGCAUCAAAAUUGAAGAUUGUCCACAAGACCAAAGCUGCAACGGAGAUCCCCACGCAAGGAUCAAACCCUGCCCCUGGGCGUGUCCAGCCACCUGCGAUUCACCAAACGCUUCGAACUGUGACAAGAAAUGCGGACCCGUAGGAUGUGAAUGUCAAGAAGGAUACAUAUUUUCCAAGAAAGACGGAAAGUGCAUUUUACCUGAUGAUUGUCCAGGUGGAAACCCAUGUGGGGUAAACGGUACAUUCGUGGACUGCGGAUUCCGUUGCCCUAACCAAUACUGUCCUCAAGACGACAGCAGAAUCCAGAUCGCCUGCAAACCUGGCCGACCAUGCCCACCAGGCUGCGCUUGCAAAAUCAACCACAAGAGAUUGAGCUACGAAAAUGAUAUUUGCAUUGAAGCCGCAGAUUGUCCUCCAGUUGACUGCACCAGGCCAAACGAAGUGUGGGAUCCUUGCCCCUCAGACUGUCUUGGUGAAGACUGUUCAAACGCGUACAACCCUGUUGCCCCUUGCUAUACCCUGCUCCUCAACUGUCAACCCAAAUGCGUAUGUAAGAAGGGUCAUUACAGGAAUGGCAGUGACAUUUGUGUCCCUGCUAGCGAGUGUAAUGUCCCAAAUGCUUGUACCUCGGACUGUGCACCGACGUGUGCCAACCCAAACCCAAACUGUUUUGAAACACCACGAUGUUGCGAGCCUGGCUUAAUUCAAUUACACAAGGGAAGUAAAUGCACCAAGAUUGAGGAUUGCCCAAAAGAGGGAUGCAACGGAGACCCCAAUGCAGUAAUUAAGUCAUGCCCAGCUCCAUGCCCUUCUACUUGUAGCAGACCAAAUUCUAUUCCGUGUAGGAAGGCUUGCAUAGAAGUCGGAUGCGAGUGUGCCCCAGGAUACAUUUAUUCGGAGGACGCUGGAAAAUGCGUCAAACCUGACGCGUGUCCAGGUGGAAAUCCCUGUGGUCCCAAUGGGAUGUUUGUUGGAUGUAAGAACAGUUGUCCUACCGACUACUGUCCAGUAGACGACAGCCGUGUUACGCCCAUUUGUGAAACGUAUCCGUUUGCUCCUUGCAACUCUGGUUGUGUCUGCAAUUAUGGAUACAUAAAGAACAAUAGACAAGAAGACAAAUGCAUUCUUCCCAAUAAGUGCCCACCUGUGAAAUGUACCAGACCAAAUGAAAGGUGGGACUCCUGCCCAUCGGCUUGCUUAGCCGAGGGCUGUCAAGAUGUCAAUAACCAACCGACCACUUGCAACACUUUGGUCGCAAACGUCUGCCGACCGAGAUGUGUAUGCAAUAAGGGGUACUUCAGGAACUCUACCGAUAUAUGCGUGCCAGCAUGCAACUGUGACAUCUAAUUGUUGCUUUCCUUCCCUGUUUUUCUUUUGAAGAUCCAUUUAAUGAUUUUGUUUAUCAUCAUUUUUUAUCAGUUUUUGUAAAUUUUUGUUUAGAACUUUUUUGCUGUUUGUAUUCAAAAAAAUAUUUUUGUGUAAAAUACUCUACCAAGACUGCUUGUAAACUUUGUAUAUGAACCAAAUUGAACCUUUUGCAAUGUAAAAUUUUCUACUUUGUAUUAUAAAAUUAAUAUAAAAUCAA